UUCCUCCUCCCCUCACAAGCAGAGAGGAAGUUCGCGUGUAUGCAGAGGAAACAAGUCGGGGUCGUCCACGUCAGGCAACUCACUUUCACGUUACAAUACAGUCAUUUCAUGGAGGUUAGAACAACGAGUUGUUAAAGAGAAGAGUUCGCAAUUGGUGAGGUAACUUUGGAUUGUGCUCGUCUUUGGAAGCUGACAAAACUGCAAAGGAAAAUCUACGAGUGACACUUUUACAGUGAAGAUGUCAGAUAUUGGCGAUUGGUUUAAGAGCAUCCCGUUCAUCACUCGAUACUGGUUUGCUGGGUCAAUUAUUGUUCCUCUGAUUGGAAAACUUGGACUGAUCAGUCCGGUGAAUCUGGUAUUAUGGCCGGAUAACUUUCUUUACAGAUUUCAGAUCUGGCGGCCAAUCUCUUCAACACUGUACUUUCCAGUAGGCCCUGGAACAGGAUUUCUUUAUUUGGUUAAUCUCUAUUUCCUUUAUCAGUACUCUUCGAGAUUAGAAACAGGUGCUUUUGAUGGAAGGCCAGCGGACUACAUGUUCAUGUUGCUCUUCAACUGGAUUUGCAUAGUUAUAACUGGUAUAAUAAUGGAUAUGCAGCUGUUGAUGAUCCCCCUUAUCAUGUCGGUCCUGUAUGUGUGGGCUCAACUGAACAGAGAUAUGGUUGUGUCAUUUUGGUUUGGCACUAGAUUUAAGGCCUGCUACUUACCUUGGGUAAUUCUUGGGUUCAACUAUAUUAUUGGAGGAUCAAUUGUGAAUGAACUGAUUGGAAAUCUUGUUGGCCAUUUGUACUUCUUUUUGAUGUACAAGUACCCUAUGGAUCUGGGAGGCAGAGUGCUUUUAUCAACUCCACAGUUUCUGUAUCGUUUCUUUCCCAGCCGGCGGGGUGGAGUGUCUGGUUUUGGAGUACCUCCACCUAGCAGGAGACCAGCAGGCAAUGAGCAGAAUGCAGCUCGAGGAUUCAGACAUAACUGGGGUCAGGGACAUCGGCUAGGAGAUGAAUGAAGGUUUUUUUUUUUUUUUUUUUUCCCAUCGUAUGAACACGGACUUUAAACAAAAAAACAAACAAAAAAAAAACAACUCUGUAAAUUUAUUUUUUUUUUUUUUGUCCCCCUCAGAAGGUGAGGUUUUGAGCUGGAGUUCUAUCUAGUGUACACGUGAGGACUGUGAAGUAUUGAUAAUGAAAUAAUGAAAAUCUAGCUGCAAAUUUUGAAGCACAUUUUCUUGAUGCUGUUGAUUGUACAGAUAAUCUUAAGAUUAUAUUAUUAUUUAGACAGCCAAAUGUUGUAAUAAAAGUGCAGAAACAAAAAGGUAUCCUCAUAGGUGACUUCUGGUAUGUCAACAGUUUUUUUUAAGUUUUUAAAGACAAAAUAUUUGCAAAUACAUUUUACAGAUGUAUGGUUGGUUUACUAACAUCUUGCAAAAAUCUUGUCUUAAAUGAGUACUCCACCCAAAAGUGAUAAUUUUUUUUAUAUAUUACUUUACUCCAUUCAGUUUGUAGUGAUGUCUAAUAUAAGGUUUUACUCUCAUAUUUUCAUGCAGAACAGAGAAGAUCACAUUUCUUAUACCAUAUAAAUUAAUGGUGACCAAUGUGAGACAAUAGCAAAACAUCCAUGGGGGAAAAAGAAAAAGUAAAAUUCCACGUUAUUUGUGUCUCAAGCAUUGCAUCGUGAUCCACUUUUGGGUCUCGGGGAUGAUGCCGGAGGGUCAUGUUAUAAUGUUAGUGUGUCAUGAGUGGGUUACGAUGGCUCACUUCUCCCACGAUUGUGCUUGGAGCACUUUGCCUAUCAAGCUCCAUUUCUUUGGAUGAUCAGGCUCGAUUUCCCUCAAGGGGGAGCCACUGAGAUGAUCAGGCUCAAGUCCCCAAGGGGGGACCCUGUGAAGACACAACAUGGGAAAUAGUGGGUUGUGUCACCAGAAAGGAUAAGUGACACUGGCAUAAUCCAUAUGUGAAGCAGUCCUGGGCUAAACAGAUGUAUUUUUACUAAAAUAUUGUUAAAAAUUGGCAUAUGCUGUCAUGAACUAAACUAGAUUACGCUUAGACACACCCGAGCAUUGAAAGUGUGGACUUGCCUACCGUUGUUACAUUACUAUUCAUAUCUACAGUUGGAGUAUCUUGCCAUUAUUUAGCGUCGGUCUGUGAAACUCGUACUUGUGCAUAUCCGAGAUGCUUCAGCAAGCAGAGGCCGAUUCUCUUCCUGAUAAUACACUGAGAUUCACUCAAAAGAGGCCUCAAAAGUUCUGUAAUAACUCGUUAGGACGAAGCAAUCUGAAUGAAACAACUUGUAAUGUGCUCCGCUUCGAACAAGCCAGGAUGCCCCUGCGUCGGAGCGAUGAGGUAGGCGCCGGACAGCCGUCGCGAUGUUCGUUUGCUACUUCUGGAUGCAUAUCACUCAUACCGCUUCACUCAGUCGCUCGACUUCUCAUCAGGAUGGUGGUGUACAGUAUGGAGCAUGGUGCAAAUUUGUUGGAUCACCAAUUCGUUUAAGCGAUGUCAGAAUCAACUGGGUGAUCUUGAGUUAACGGAAGGUGACUUCCAGCAAGAUGGAGCAACAUGUCACACAUUGGCAAGGAGCGUGGCAGAAAUCGAGUCCUUCCUCGGCAACAUGGCCAUUUCAAAGGGGACUUUGGCCACUACGGUCGCCGGAUCUGAUGCCACCAGACGUCUUCCUUUGGGGUCUGCUCAAAGGAAAAGUCCAUCAGAACAAGCCUCGCUUGGAAAACAUCCAACAUGGAAUUGCUGCUGUUUAACUACCCAUGCCCCCAUCCACCUCCCACUCGUAAAGAAGCUUGGCAAUACAUUCAAGAACGUGGACCGCCACGUCGAAAAGUGUCUGGCAGAAAAUGGAAACCACUUCCAGCACAGCAUACCAUGCAAUCAAUUCACAUACGUCAAGGUAUGGAGCGUAUUUUGUUGGUUCCGAUUGCUUAAUCCUAACGGGAGUUACAACAGCAUAUUUGGGGCCUCUUUCGAGUGACUCACGCUGUAUUGUUCACUCACUUUUCUUUAACUUUUUAAGUUUUAGUUGCACUCUCCUCUCAUGUGAAAUGCAGUGUUAGCCAAUGACUAAACUGUUACUGGGCCGGACUCCUGACCAAUGAAUGAGGCGGAUCUACAAUGCAAAGGCUAGUUUUGUGUCUUAGCAUGUUCUGUUUUGGUUCACGAGAGAAGUGACGUGUUUAGCGGUGUUUUAGUGAGAAUACACGUGUUCUGUGAGCAACCGACGGGAUGACUUGACGUGUGGGUUGUGCCACUCAAGUAACGUGCGAGAUUUUCACGGGCAUUUUGAUACCACUGACUGUCGUCCAGCGUUGGUCACCAUUGACGCCAAUUCUAUCGUAAACGUUCUCUCCGUUCCACAUGAAAACGUGAGAUUGAAUGUUUCUCGUAAAUUACUACAAACUAAAUAGUGUAAGUAACAUAGCAAAGUGUCAUUUUUGAGUUGAGUUUUCGUUUAAUGCUUUUUUUAACAUGGAAGAACGCCUGAGAUUGAAUGAAUCAAAAUCAAAAGUGCAACUUAAGCAUCGCCAAGAUGGGAAUGCAAUCUUCCAGAGUUUCUGCCGAUGCAAGGGACGUUGUUUCUUCUUCUUCCUCCUCUUUUGUUUUCUGUUCCUAACCAAAGGUGUCUUAUAAUGUAGAACUGAUGAUGCCUGUUGUUAAUAUAAGCAGAAGUCCCUGUAGAUUGGAAUAAUGUUGUAGUGCAAUAUUCUGUUUAUAUGUGUGAUAGGAAUCAUUCACUAGUUUAAUUAAUUAUUGAAAUUGCCUGUCCUGUCUGAUUGUGGUGUCGCGUUUUUGGCUUAAACAAAUGCCAUGAAACAAAUUGGUUUUGAUAACAGAUGUUAACAGUUUAUAUUCUCCAGAUUAUUUCUGUCAUUUAAUAUUUUUACAGCACCGGCACCUCGCAGCCCAGCAUUGGAUAAGCAGGUUAGAGAAUAAAUGAACGAAUGAAUGAAUGGACGGAUUUAUUACACGUGUCCUUUUCCUGUGCUAGACAUACUGUAUUUGUGGAGCUUUUUGGACUCUCAGCCUGCAUAAAACACACAACUUGAUUUGUUUUUGUUUUUUCUUUUCAUAAUAAAAUUAAUCGUUUUCUACAAA